AUGCUGAAGAUUGGCGAUUUCGGCAUGGCCACGGCGUAUCCGGCCGUUAAGGGGAUUGAGCGGGAAGGUGAUCGCGAGUACAUUGCGCCGGAAGUGCUGUCGUCGCAGCAGUAUGAUAAGCCAGCUGAUGUGUUUUCGCUGGGAAUUAUGAUGCUGGAGAUUGCCGCUAAUAUUGUGCUUCCGGAUAACGGUAUUCACUGGCAGAAACUGAGGUCUGGUGACUUAACAGACGCUGGUCGACUGAGUUCGGGCGAUUUGCGUCGUGCGAAUGAGUAUGGAGACGAUGAGGAUGACGAAUGUGAUGAUGAUAAUUGCGAUGAUGAUAGCGAGCAUGUGAGACUGAGUUUGGAUAACGAUUCUAGGACAAGUCUUGAAGAUGAGACCACGUCUCCGAGAAUGCCUCCUUCACAGUUCAGCGAUAUUCACAUGUCAUCUCAUAACAGCGGUGCCAGUAAUCGUAAAGUACCUCGUAGACUGUCUGCGAUUCCUCCGUGGGCACCAAAAUUCAUGGUUGACAAAUCUGGUGCUUUAGACGUCAUGGUCAAGUGGCUGUUGAACCCAGAUCCUCAUAGUAGGCCGACUACUCACGAAAUUCUUAUAUCUGAAGAAUGCCAGUGGGUCGAAGCACAUAGAAGAGCCGGUGCUGUCAUUUACGAGGGCGACUACGGUCCAGAACCCGAUCCAGUGGGUUCUGCUGAGGACCAUGCUAGACAAAUGCUGCGACCCGACCAUACCCAGGACAACUGGCGACGAGGGGUUUAA